CUGAAAGCGUCCAUAGCAGCCAGGGAGCUGUUGACAACGGGAAUCCAUUAAAUGACAGAUAUUUAAGCACAGCGCGGAUCGUUUGCUGUGACUUGAAUGUUUUCCUGUCCGGUAAUGGUGCGAAAAUGACCUCUAACAAUCCAGCUGUAUUUCUCCUCAUGGUUAAUGGACAAAUCGAAUCAGCCGAUUUUCCAGAAUAUGACGAUCUGUACUGCAAGUAUUGUUUUGUUUAUGGACACGACUGGGCGCCCACAUCAGGCUUGGAAGAAGGGAUUUCUCAAAUAACAUCAAAAGGUCGAGUAUCUCAGAGUUUGGUGUGGAAUUUCCCAUUGGACAUCACAUUUAAAAGCACCAACCCGUUUGGCUGGCCUCAGAUUGUAGUGAGUGUGUAUGGCCCUGACACAUUUGGAAAUGAUGUUGUGAGAGGUUAUGGAGCCGUGCACAUCCCGUUUACACCUGGAAAACACACAAAGACCAUUGCCAUGUUUGUUCCAGAGUCUACGUCAAGACUCCAGAAGUUCACCAGCUGGCUGAUGGGAAGGCGUCCAGAAUUCACAGAUCCCAAGGUUGUUGCUCAGGGAGAGGGAAGAGAAGUGACGAGGGUACGCUCUCAGGGUUUUGUGACUCUACAGUUCAACAUUGUAACUAAGGACAUGAAAAAGCUGGGAUACGACACUACAUGUACAGAGCAUUCACCUGCAGGACUCACAAGAGCAUCUCAACAGCUCUGAUAAUCGCCUUCACCAUUCUUUUUUUGUUGUCAGUCUUCUUUAUAUCUUUGUGAUAUUAAUUUUCAGUCCCACUUUAUAUUAAGUGGCCUUAAUAUGUACUAGUAGGUCAUUAAAUUGUACUUAUUGUGUAAAUACAUGUUUUUACAUUGUACUUAUGCUUGAUUAAAUACCUACAUUACAUCUGUAAUUACGCUGUUGACCAUCCCUUACACUUUAACCCAGACUUAAAACUACCCAUUUCCACAAACCUGCCCCUAACACUACCCAUAUCCCACCUCAAUAGUGUCCUGCAAUACAUUACGAUCACAUUAGGUACAUUGUAUUUAUAUUUAGAUGCAAGUACAUAUUAGUUAAGGAUACUUAAUAUAAAGUGGGAGCUCAUUUUCUAAUAAAGUGAUCUUGAGAUUCUUACAUUUAUUUCUAAAUAAUUAGCCUCAUACAACAUUUGCUCAUCAAGAAUGAUUCUGAUCAGCAGGUUUGUCCAUUUUCUCUACAACCUCUGGUCAAGGUGAUUAUAGCUAACCAAAAUUAGAAAAAAUGAUUACUUGAAAUGAAGUUUUAGCUUAAUUAUUAAAUAAAUAGGCCGUAGAAAAAGAGAAUUUAUUUCACUAUAA